UUGCUUCUGAUUAAAAACUCGUUUGUUAAUGGGUUAACUGUGAGCCCUUUUUUCAAUAUUAUAACGACUGUUAAAUGCCACAAAUUGUUUAAUGCGUCGGGUUGCACUACCUCUCCUCGCAUCCAAACUCACGAUGGCUCUGCAGCAUGCAACCACCGAGCGAUUUAUGCAAUGCAACCAAUGCACUUAGCGCCGUUAAAUAAACAAAAGCAUUAUCAGCACCAGCACCAGCUCCAGCAGCAGCAGCAGGCAGACACAGAAUGCAGAAUGCAGAAUGCAGAAAUGCAAGACAAUGCAUUAAAUUCCCUUUGCUGUGAUGUGCGGGGAGUGAAGCCGCAGCACAGAAACAGCAGCAACACACAUCAAAAAUUCACUAUGGAACUUAUCUAAAUGCACUAAAUUACACAUUAAGCGGGUAUGCGAGUAACUUAAAUCAAGACCUGCACACACAGUCGCAAUCUAAGAGCAUAAACAACAAGAACAAGCCCCGCAAAAUGCAAAUUUGCAUUCAAGAGAGCAAGGGGGUGAGCAAAUUGAGUUGGCAUGGUCAGGGACUAGAGAUUGCGGACUCAUAUAGACUUACUUGCCCUAGCUGCUUAAUUUGCGUGCGAGCUUACAGUGUUUUUUUUUUUGUUUUUCAUCCUACUAUGGCUGCUGUGCCUGUGCCUGCCCUCCAUCGAUUAUGUAAAUGCGAAAAUUUCCAUUAAAUGCAUUGAAUUCCAUUACGAACGCAUCAUCAUCAUCAUCGUAGUCUUCAUAGUCGAAGUAGUGAAUGAGCGAACGCUGUAAGGCAGAAAGACAGAGAUCUCAGCUCUGGGCGCCCAUUGUCUUGCGGUCUGGCGAAUUUAUAGCUCUACAACUGCGAGUCGGGCACAAUGAAGUCAUUUGCUGUGGAAUGUUCGGCGGUCGUCGAGGCAAGUGAAAAUGCCUGGCCCGAAUAUCGUAAAUCGUUUACUGGUCGCCGCUUGUCUGUUGUCCAUUCGCCGUUGUCUGUUUCUCUCGAGGUAUUUUCAUUAGCCAAACACAAAUUGAGGCAACACGACACGACACACAAAACCGAAAGAAAAACACUUAACAUCAACACGAAAAGACUAAGCAAGGGCAACAAGGCUAAAAAACAUGGCUCAGAUCAGCUCAGGUUGGCCCAAGCGGACUCAGAGCGAGAAAAACCAACAGAAACUACUGUUUAAACAUCACUGCAGCCGCGUUUGCCAUGGUUUUUUUACCUGGUUCACCCUUUUCCAAUCUCCCAUGUUGGCCAAUGACCAAACAUAUGCUUACGGCUAUUUAUUCCACCAGCUGGAGGUUUAUAAUUUGCGUACUGCAGUUUGGGGCCAUCAUAAUUUCGUUGGCAGUUGGCAGGAGGAUGUGUGAAAAUGUAUGUGCGUCGGCCUGCGGCAUUUGAAACUCAGUUCAGCAAAUGUGCAGCCAAAUGGAUCUAUUGUUUGCCGGCUUUCACCACUAACGCCGCUUCACUUUUGUAUUUGGCAACACAUUUCACACUUUGAGUGGUGAAAAUCUCUCUGACUCACAACUCAAAACUCACUGGCAACUGUAAGCAAAACGGAAAUUAUUGGAAAAACCUGGAAAAUGCCGGGGGAUAAAGGAGACUGUGUUGCUGACGAUUUCGAGCGGCCCAGCAAGACCUUGGUUCUGUUGAUCUUCACCUUGGCCGUUUUCAUGAAGUUGGGCAUCAUUCUGGUGGAGAUUAUGGUGUGAGAUGGGAAUUA